ACUCCGAGUUAUCUCUCUUCAUAGAAGCAGGCCGUGUUCAACGGUGUUGUGUCGGUCACUAGGUGACAUUUCGUCUUAGAUUUGUAGGUGGAAAAGCUACUUUUGGUUUCGUUUCUAAGAACUAAGUGUUCACUUCCUGCUGUAUUUAAUGGCAACUUCAAAAUACUUCGAUACCAGCCUCAAUUUGACGACUUGUUACGUUUGUUUAGAACCGUUUAAAACGCCGAGGUAUUUGCCAUGUUCACAUACAUUUUGUCACACAUGUUUAUCUACACAUAUCCAAUCGUCGUGUCAGAAGUGUGAUCCACCUCUAGGAUUUUCCUGUCCCAUUUGCCGCGUGUUUGUGCCAGCACCGGGUGAAAUAAACCGCCAUCCAAUUCAGAAUUGGGCGAAACGAUUUCCAGAAAAUAAAUUAAUUGCCUCGUGUGUAGAAAACCACGGGACAUUAACUACUAUUGUUUGUGGUCCAUGUGAAACGAAAGACGAAAAAGAAAUGACGGCCCACCAUUGGUGCUCGGAAUGCGAAAAUGCCCUGUGUGAAAAAUGCAUCGAAAACCACAAAAAAUACAAAGCUUUACAAUUGCAUUAUAUAUUUCCUCUAUCGAAUUUGGCGAUGAAAGUUAGUCCUGAAAUAUUGCAAACAAGAGAAUGUGGAAAACAUGAGGAAUGGAAACUUGAGCUUGUAUGUGACGCCCACCAGUCACUAUGUUGUGCGCUAUGCAUUGUCCAAGAACACCAGCGUUGUGGACAAUUUUCUACAAUGACCGAGGCUGCUGAUAAAUUCUCCGAAGAAAACAAGUUGAAGUUACUACAGAAUAUUGACCAAUUCUCAUCUAAAAUUGAUACACUCAUUGAAAGAGAGAAACAGAAUAUUGCGGAUAUUGACGACAAAACCGACAGACAUACGGAAGAGAUAGAGAAAAUGAGCCAAGAAAUGAUCACUUGUUUGAAUGAGUUGAAAGAAAAACAUCUUCAUCAAUUAGCAAAAGUCUCUAAAGAGGUCAAACAAAAGCUUGAAGGGUCAGUUGAAACUUUAGAACACCGUAAGCUCUACCUUGCUCAUUGGAAAGAAAUUUUAUCGUCAGGUUCAGAAAAUCAAACAAAAGAAGAAGUUGUUAUAAAAUGUUUGAAAUUAAAGAAAAUAUUGCAGGCCAUGAAACAAUUGCCUAUGUUUCAAAUGAUAUUCGAUAUGAAUGUAAAGGUGUGCGAUGGAAUUGAACAAAUGAACUCGAUGGGUGCUCUGAUGGACAUUACAGUAAAGGAAAACAGAACUGAUAAAAAUGAUAUAAAACAUGCAGAAAUCACAAACAUCAGUGAGUUUGAAUUGCAGGAUACUGAUAUAUAUGGUGGCUGUUUUCUUCCAGAUGGCCAGUUAUUGUUAUGUGAUAACACGAGUCCCAGAUGCAUAGUAUGUGAUGAGAAAGGAUCUAUCAAACAGGAAGUACAGUUACCCGGUGCACCAUGGGAUGUACUUGUCGAGUCUGAUGGACGUAUCAUUGUGACAAUUCCUGGUUCAAAAUCCAUUGUUGUUUUACUUCCGGAGACACUGGCUAUUGAGAAAACAGUCAAGUUAAAAUGUGAAUGCAGGGGAAUUUCGAAGUGGAACGACAGGUAUAUGAUUGGCACCCGUGAGUCAAUUGAAGAAUUCAGCUUAUUAUUUCAUCAUAUUCGGUCACGAUCAGUAGAUAUCACAGAUGACAUAGUGGUGGAUCCAAAAGGAAACAUUAUCCAUGCUCACUAUGGCAAUGGAACCGUCACAAAAGAGGAUAAAGACCACAACGUGGUGUUUACCUACACACAUGCCAAAUUAAGAGAACCAUAUGGGCUAGCUCUCCACGAACACGGAACGAUUUUUGUCAACGGCAAUGGUAGCGACAACAUUCACAUUCUGUCCGAGGAUGGGGAGUUGAUAAGAACAUUAGAUUUUCCAGCUCCAGGAUGCAUAAAAUUUGAAAAAGACUGUUGGAGAUUUUUCGUUGUGUCCGGCGGGAGUAUUGUAAAUAUAUAUGAAAUUUCGUGACAUUUCUUCGGAUAUGGUUUGAAUUGUUUGGGUGGUUAGGUAGUGUAAGAUUUUGCUAUAAUAUCAGAUAAUAGUUGUUUUUUUGGUGAAAGAUCUGACGAAGAAAAAUCAUAAUAUAUUUUGCAAAUAUAUUUACUUGUAUUAAUUUUGUAUUUCAAUUUGAAAAGGAAAUAUUACCAUGCCUGACAUUUACAACUGCCUUUAAAAUUAUGUAAAGCCAUUUGGUUACUACCCCAAAGACUAUCAAAGGAUAACUGUACAAAACAUAACAUCAAACAAUAAAAUACAUGUUUUAUACAGUC